AUGUCGAAGACCAAGGUUUUGCUGGUUGGCGCAGCGGGUGAAACCGGAGGCUCUAUUGCUAACGGUUUGUUGGAUACCGGUGACUUUGAAGUCAUUGCUCUUGUCCGUCCUAUCUCGGCCCAGAAGCCUGCCAUCACACGUCUCCAGGAUCGCGGUAUUCAGAUUCGGAAAUGCGACUUGAAGGCUCCCGAGGAAGAGCUCAUCGAAGCUCUGGCUGAGAUCGAUGUGGUCAUCAGCUGUGUCGGUCCCGCCGAACAACAGGACCAGAUUCCUCUCGCCAAAGCGGCCAAGAAGACCGGCGUCAAGCGAUUUGUGCCUUGCGGUUUCAUCACCGUCUGCCCACCAGGUGGUGUCAUGUGGUUGCGUGACGAGAAAGAAAUUGUCUACAACCAGAUUCGCCAGCUCUGGAUUCCCUACACUAUCGUCGAUGUCGGCUGGUGGUACCAGCUGGCCUACCCCCGUCUCCCCUCCGGCCGUGUCGAUUACGCCAUGACAUCCGGGAACGAUGAGAUUAUCGGCGACGGCAACAUGCCCACAGCUCUGACCGACUUACGCGAUAUCGGUCGCUACAUGGCCAUGAUCAUUUCCGACCCUCGCACCCUGAACAAGAAGAUCCUUGCCUACAACUUGGUUUCCACACAAAACAAGAUCUACGAUCUCAUGGAGCAGCUCAGCGAGGAGAAGAUCGAUCGGAACUACGUGCCCGAGGAGACCAUCUGCAGCAGAGUCGUGGCGGCCCGACAGGCCAGUGAAACCUACCCAUUCGAUCCGAUCAAGUUCAUCCCGCGCUACUUGGCCGAAUACCAGCUCUCGUGGGGAAUCCGCGGCGACAACAACCCCGAAUACGCCAAGUAUCUUGGUUACCACACCACACAGGAUCUGUACCCGGAGUUCCAGCCCACAGACUUCUGCGAGUAUCUCGAGCAGGUCAUCCGCGGCUCGGCCAAGGGCGUCUACACCGACCGUGUUAUCUCCCGCAAGCACCAACGACACUUCCCCCGUACCGAGUCCAGCGAUUCCCUCUACACGCGCAUUUUCCCCCGGACCGAAUCCAGCGACUCGCUCAUGUCGCGAUGA